AUGCCGAGGAUGGGACCUGAUAAAUGUACCUCAUAUCGAUUCACACAACUUUCCAAGUCCGCCUGCUCUCUCUGCCAAUUCUUCGAAUCGUUUGCACCCCCAACUCCGAAUACCAUAAAUUCAAGCAUCACUCCAUCCACGCAGUUCUUCGAAUCGUUUGCACCACCAACUCCGAAUACCAUAAAUUCAAGCAUCGCUCCAUCCACGUGGUUCUUCGAAUUGUUUGCACCACCAACUCCGAAUACCAUAAAUUCAAGCAUUGCUCCAUCCACACAGUUCUUUGAUUCGUUUGCACCGCCGACUCCAAAUACCAUUAAUUCACACAUCAUGACGCAUCAUGACUUCAGCGCUCUUUGCAUUCCUUGCACCAAGUCGGGGUGCAACCAUUGGUUUAAGAAUCGGUCGGGGCAUACACAGCAUAUGAAUGUGGUGCACCCCAUGUUUGCACAGCCAUCCGCAUCAAUUCAGCCUCAUGCCCGUUCACCCGGCCCUGUGCCCCCCCCCCCCAAUGUUGUACUAGAUUCUGGUGAUGCCAUGGACUUCGGUGACGAUGAAGAUCCUCUGCAACCAGCAGCUGAAUUCGUUGGCGCUGGCAGCCGGUUGUAUAGAAAUUACCAUCCCUUCUUGUCUGCUCGCCCCUGUGAUGACAAGGGCAACUUCCUUGCACCAGGUACUCCACCUCAACCUCUCUCGGACAAGGCAUCGGAUGACUGGAGUCCCUACGGGAGCCGUGUCGAGUUUGAACUUGCCGACUACUUAUUUACGAAGAACCAGACCCUGGUACAUUCGAUCAAUCAAUUGCUGAACAUCUGGGCAGCUUCUUUAAUCCAAGCUGGUUGCAAGGCACCUCCAUUUGCAGAUUACCAUGACGUGUACAAGACAAUUGACAACACUCCUCUCGGCGAGGUUAAAUGGCAAUCAUUUUCAGUCAAGUUUACAGGUGCGAUUCCAGACGAGGGUGCUGCGCCCUGGAUGACAGAUAGCCAUGACGUUUGGUUUCGUGAUCCCCACGACGUUGUUCGAAAUAUGCUUUCCAACCCAGAUUAUGCUACCAAGAUCGAUCUCCAGCCGUACUGUGAGUUUGCAACAGAGAAUGACGAGCGCCAGUGGCAGGACUUCAUGUCCGGAGAUUGGGCUUGGUCUCAAGCAGACAAGAUUGCUGAGGAUGCUGAGACUCAUGGCUCAACAUUUGUGCCCAUCAUUCUCGGAAGCGACAAAACAACCAUUUCAGUUGCAACGGGGCAAAAUGACUACUAUACUCUCUACACGUCUAUCGGAAAUGGUUUCUUGCAAUGCCUAAAACAUGCCGAAACAGCAAGCUUCCGCAAUUUCCGGCGUCAAAUUUUUCAUUCCUCGCUCUCAUUUAUCCUCAAGAACUUAAAACCUGGCAUGAUCAAGCCCGAGGUCGUGCAUUUUGGCGAUGGGCACUAUCAUUGUGUAAUGUAUGGACUUGGACCUUACAUCACGGAUUAUGAAGAACAAGUAUUGCUUGCCUAUAUAGUGCGAAACUGGUGUGCUAAAUGUCUUUCGCGUCACGGCAACCUUGAUGAGAUUAAUCUCUGCCGCUCAAGACUUCACGCAGAUGCACCUAUUGAGGAGUGUGACCAUGCAACACUGUGGGACGAAUAUGGCAUAGUCAGGGAGCUCGUGCUGUUUACGAACGAUUUCCCCCGCGCUGAUAUCCAUGAGCUGCUCGCACUGGAUAUUCUCCAUCAAAUUAUCAAGGGGGCAUAUAAAGAUCAUUUGUCGCAAGCUAACAUAAUUCUAGAUGAUAUUGACCGAAGGAUUGCAACUGUUCCUUCAUUUCCGGGACUGUGUAGAUUUCCCCAAGGCCGCCACUUCAAACAGUGGACAGGUGAUGAUUUGAAGGCCCUCAUGAAGGUAUGUCUGCCGGCAAUCGAAGGCUACGUCCCUACAGAUGUUGUGCGCACGUUCCGUGCGUUUCUCAAAUUCUGUUAUCUCGUCCGCCGCAACAUAAUCACGGAGACAUCGCUCAAUGAAAUUCAAGAUGCACUCACUCGUUUUCACAGAUAUCGUGAGAUUUUCAAGACUACGGGUGUAGUUUUAACUUUCUCGCUUCCUCAACAACACUCGAUGACUCAUUAUGCCCACCUUAUUCGAUUGUUUGGUGCUCCAAAUGGCCUGUGCUCCUCAAUCACUGAGUCAAAGCAUAUUAAGGCCGUCAAGGAGCCUUGGAGGCAGUCCAGCCGAUAUGAAGCACUGGGUCAGAUGCUGCAAAUCAAACAGCAGCUGGACAAGUUGGCAGCAUCGCACAUAGAUUUCUGCAGUCGUGGAAUGCUCUCAGGUACAUGUUUGUCGGCCGUUCUCACAACGCUUGAACCAAUGGAUGAACGGCCUGCUGCACCCGCCAGUGCAGAGCAUGCUGUGGACCAAUAUGAGCCACCUAGCCUGAUAGAGUCAGCCAGUAUACUCGACGCAGACGUCAGCGCCGACUCUGAGGACAUUGAUGAGCCAACUUCGGUCCUUGCGCAUGUACAACUUGCUCGAACAUCUCAAGGAAAAAAGCGCUCACAAAGUGUUCCUGCCCUAGCUGACGAGCUCAACAUCCCGAACAUGACAGAUCUCGUUCAACAAUUCCUUGUUGAGCAGCUUUAUCCCGAUAACGAUGCCGCAGAAGCCCCAUUUAUGGAGUGCCUUCAUUAUGAAGGAAGGAUCCGAAUUUUCAACUCUGUGGUAUUGAUGUUCUUCGCGCCUAGUGAUUUGAGCGGAAUUGGGGGGAUGAAACAGGAACACAUUCGUGCAUCCCCAAAAUGGAGAAGCGGGUAUGCAUGCAAAGACUGUGUGUUUGUGAUUACAGACCCAGAUGCUCAGGGUAUGCGGGGCAUGGACAUUGCUCAGGUACUGACAUUUUUUUCUUUUCGGCUGAGGGGCAGAUAUUAUCCAUGUGCUGUUGUCCGUUGGUUCAACCGAAUUGGCGAUGCACCGGAUGAUGAGACUGGGAUGUGGAUGGUGAAGCCAUCUUCUAUCGGUAAUUGUAGGCACUUUGCAGUGAUCCACAUUGACUCCAUUUUUCGUUCUGCUCACCUUAUUCCUGUCUAUGGUACUGAACCACUUCCCUCGACGAUUAAAUCUCACCACAUCCUCGACGUAUUUACACUCUUCUAUGUCAACAGAUACGCUGAUCAUCAUGCCUUCAAAAUAGCUUCUUAG